CAGGACACAUCCUCGCGACGCCAAGUAGGAUGUGCAAUCUCGUCUUCUGAGAACUCGAACUUGCAGAUAUAUAGAAUAAGCAAGAAGAUACACAGGGGGCGGACUGACACGUUGGGAACAUGUCUGAGACUGAAGCAACAAGAAGGCUGGCGUCUGCUGUCGAGGCGGGGGACGAGGAGGCUGUCUCGGCGGCGCUGCAGGAGGGGGCAGACUGCGACUCCCUGUGUCCCCCUGACGACCCUGAGUGCCGUGGGGGAACGCUGCUCUUUAAGGCCGUUGUGAGGGGUCACGCCCACUUAGUUCCGGUACUGAUGAGGGCGGGCGUGGAUGUCAACGGGCGGGGACAGGUAGGCUACACGGCCCUGCACGUCGCCGCUGCCUGUGGCGGGUCCUCGAUGAUCCCCUCCCUGGCGAAGGGCGGCGCGGACGUCGACUGCAUGUCCUCCGGAGGUUUCGCCUUCAGCCCCAUGCAUAUGGCGGCGUACAGAGGCGAUGAAGCUGGCAUCGCCGCCCUGCUCGCUUCGGGCGCCAACAUCGACGUCUGCACGCCCAGGAGAUUCACGCCCCUGCACACCGCCGCCCAAUAUGGCCACGACCACCUGGUGACUCUCCUGAUCGAGUCCGGCUGUGACCGCCAUGCCCGCUCGUCCACGGGCAUGACGGCCCUCCACAUGGCAGCCAUGCAGGGCCUCAAGAGCACGGCCAAGCUGCUCCUCAAGUACGGUCUGGACCCCAACGCGCGAGACGAGAACGGACACACGCCGGAUAACUGCGCCGACGUGUGGGGCAUGAACGACAUCCGCUGGUGGUUCCUGAAGCUCCAGGACUCCAAUCCGACAUCGAUACCCAGGAGGAAACUGCAUGCAAACAGCCAAGAGGUUUAUGAAUAUGACCACGGGAGUCUAAGUUCAAACGUGCGCCUGCAGGAAUGGUUUACCCUUAAGGACGUGAUUCCCAGGACCCGCGAUGGCCACUACCAGGACUCCCGUGGACACACCCUCCUGCAUCUGGCUGCCGCUUUAGGACACCAGAAAACAGCUGAGGUCUUGAUUGAAAUGUGCGGUGUGUACCCUGGGGUGCUCACCCACCGAGGCCAAACGGCAGACGAGCUGGCACGCCAAAAUGGUCAUUUCCAAGUCGCGGAAGCUCUUAUCCAAGCUCGGAAACGAGAUGAGACAGGAAAGACGCCAGAAGAGCUGUACGGAGAGCUGCUAAGUGCAAUCAGCACCGGGGAUGAUGUCAAGAAAGCGUCUGCACUAGUGAAGGCGGGUGCCCCUCUGGAGCCCACGGGGGAGUACAGUACCCACAGCCUCGUUCUCGCAGUCACAUCCAACCGGCCGAGGAUGGUCAGUUUUCUGCUGGCCGCCGGCGCGUCUGUCAACAUCACGUUUCACCGGCUCAACCUAGUGCAGGUGGCAUGGCUGUCUCCUGAUGUAACUGCUAUGGUCAGCAUGCUCAUCACCAGGCACAUGGAGAAUGUCUUGCAGGAGGAAAAGACACUUUGCGAGGCCACCGAGCUGCGUGAUGGCAUCGAUUUCCUGCUAGACGCCUUGCGGAGUCGGACGCCGUGGAAAGCAGCUUGGCCCGCUCAGUCCUCGGGCAAGCCACAGCAGCAGCAGCUCCUCACCAGCCUCAUGGUCGAAGCUGCACGAGCCAACUGCUCCUUGACGGCCCUCUUCCUACAGCAGGCAGGAGCGCUGGCCCACGGACACGAUGUGUGCAGCGGGAUGUCUCCCAUGGCGGCGGCAGUGCAGGAGGGACACCAGAGGCUCAUACACUUCAUGGCCAAGACCACGGCGAGUCUUUACAUUAGGGACACUACGGGCCAACUUCCACGGGACUCGCUCUCUCCUUCCCAAAGACAAGAGCUGGAAAAGAUGAUUUACGAGCAAGAAAUGAGAGUGUUGAAUCACCAAAAGGAGAAAACAAAGGACGAAGAAGAGAAAGAGCUUUUCCGGAGGAUCCAGGACCUCCACCGCGACCUGUACCAAAGGCACCUGAUCCCUGGCGUCACCCCGUCUGAGACACCCAUGUCUGAAAAGGACAUCGUGAGAAGGACGCUGCUGGUGGCGUCGCAACUGGGCCUCGUGCAGCUUCCGUUUAUUCUGAUAACGAAGGGGGUCAUUUCGGUGAACGAGGAGGCUGAUCCCAUCACGGGGACAACUGCGCUACAUCAGGCCGCCGCUUACGGCCAUAAGAACCUGGUGGCCUUGUUACUGAACCUUGGAGCCGACCUCACCUUGAAGGACACUGGAGGACACACACCUGCACACUUGGCGGCCAUGUUCGGUUACUCGCUGGCCAACAAACAGCUGUGGUCACUUCAGAUGAGAGAAAAACUAAUCUGCAGGGCAGGGACAACACCUUCAGAUAUCUGUCGGAAUUUCGGCCUUUACUUGAAGAAAUAUCGUAAGUCUGGGGAGAUAAAUGAGCUUCCAGACACAAACGACCCACAAAUGGUAUUCCAAAACCACUUCCAGUCUCUCACGCUGUCCAAACUCAUUGAAAUGACUGCAGAAGAUUCAGUGAACUUCAGUAGCGGUGAGGCGGCUGAGGUAAAGGACGCGGUCAUGGCCGAACUUGAGGUCAUCAAAGGAAAGGUGGCAGAGAAAAACCCAAUGUUUAACGGGAGCCUAAAACUCCUUGGAAGCUCACGAGACAACACUCGCCUUUUCGCCCCCGACGAAUUCGAUGUCAAUCUGGUCAUCUCGCAUCUUCCGGAAGUGAAGGUGGAGAUCUGUGAGUUCCCAAAGCCCAAGGCCAUUGCAACGGGACAUAAGCUUUGCAUCAAAGUGGGAAGUGAAGAUCCAGACUUUGAGAAAAAGCUUCGAGCCACUGUUUGGAAGGACACUUUCUACAACCUGACCUACGAAGCACUGAAGCACCACCGUUUUCGUGACCCUCGCCUCAGCCUCGUCCCGCCAGGGGUGACAAGGACCCAGGUGGGCGCGGCGAUCCAGAUGGCGUGGCAGGGAUCCGAGUGUCCCCUUCUCUUGAUUAGUGUGGAUCUCGUCCCCGUCAUCGCCACGCCUUGGCCGCCAGACUUCCCCAAGCCGUACCUCACCCCGGCGCAGGCAGAGAAGGAGACACUGGGCAUCACCAACAUAGACGACUCUCAGUGGAGGUUUUCCUUCGCCGAGACCGAGGCAGUCGUCCUGCAGGGCCUCUCCCCUGAAGAACGGCGAGUCUACAUGACCUGCAAGACGCUCCUGUACACUUUCAAGGCCGAGCGCUGGAUGCCUCGCGAAGUCAAGAACAGGUACAGCUGGUGGGACUGCCGGCCGUGGAAGAUCGCGACCCCACCCGGCUUCGCCCUCAAGAACUGCUUCUUCAGGCGGCUGGAGGACAAGAGGAGGCGAGGGGAGAAGUGGGAGGAGGGCGCCCUGGUCAGUCUGAUGGCAGACGUCUUCCGACUGAUGUGCCACCGCUUCCAGAAUGGCGCAGAUGAAGCAGAUUCCUUGGUGCCUUCGAAAGUGCCAGCCUAUUUCGGCGGGGAUUUUGAAAGCCCGAAAGUAGGCUUUGGAGCUGUGCAGAUCGUCAAGUUCCUGGAGUCUAUCAUGUAAGUACCUGUGUGAAAAUAUACGACACGCAAACUAACGCACACACGCACACACGCACGCACACACACACACAACACACACACACACACACACACACACACACACACACACACACACACACACACACACACACACACACACACACACACACAACCUGCCUUACCCCGGCCGCGUUACCUCGAGUCUCAUUACUCUGGGUUUCCUUACCCGGACUGCCUUGUUUCGGGCCAAACUACCACAGGCUGGACUAUACCGGCUGCGCGACCUCGGCUGCUGUAUCAUACGGUUUGCAAUAGGGCUUGUUUCGCUUUCAUAUAUUAUAUGUAUUGUAAAUAUAUACUGAUAAUAUACACUGUAAAUAUAUUUGCAAAUGUUUACUCCCCCCUGAUGCAAUCUAUUCCCCAGAUGAUAAAAGAAAAGAACAGAGGCUC